AUGGAAGUAGCAAAGUCUGUGUGGCUUCUGCUGGAACACAGCAAUGAGGCCAUGGUUCGAGUGGCCUUGGAGAUUGGGCUAGACCGCACCUACAAGAAGGUACUUUGGUGGCCUGACUUCUGGUUUUCGGACCAUGACAAGCGGGAAUACUUCAAGGAGAUUGUAAGGAUCAAGCUUGCAAUCGCUAUCGCAAAUGCAAAGGGAUCUGCGGUUGAUUUGUCAGAGUUUCAGAAGAACGAGGAGGAGAGCGAGCUGGUGCUGGGCCUGCGGAAGAAGGUUUCGGAGCUCGAGGAAGCGCUCCGCAAGGCCCGGGCCCUCCAGGAGGCCGCGGAGGCCCGGUGCCGGGAGCUCGAGGCCCAGGCUGCCGAGGCCGCGCAACGCAUGGCGGCCAUGGAGAAGUCCUUAGAGCAGCUGCGCAAAGAGGUGAAGGACGCGUAUCGGAACUCCCUGGCCGAGAAAGGCAGCGACGGCUCGGAGGAGGAGAUCUUGAAGCUAAAGCAGCAACUGAAAAUGAGCGAAGAGCAGCGGGUGAAGCUGGAGGAGAUGAUCGCGCAAUUGAAGAAGCAGCUUCAGCAAGCUUCUGCUUCAGGGGAUGCAUCUGAACAGCUGAAUGCUGAGCUUCAAGCCGCAAAAAAGCGAAUCGAAGACCUGGAGAACAGGCUAAAGGAGGCGCAGAAAGAGAUCGCAGCUUUGAAGAAGCAGAAGAGCCCUGCGCCAGUAAAAGCUGAAAGCAAGCCGACGGUGGACGGCGAAGCCUUCCGCAGGCUCAGUGCCGAGCUGGAGGAGGAACGCCGCAAACGGGAAGAGCUCGAAGAAAUGCUCCAGAAAGCACAGGAGCAGAUUGAGCUCUUGAAAAAAGAGCUGGAAGUUGAGCGCAAAAAGGCUGCCGACCUCAGCGCUGAGUUGAAGCGCGCGCUGGAGCAGUCGACGGUCGAGGGCUAA